AUGCCCAUGGCUCUUGGCCCAUAUCGAUACUUCCAGGUGGCUCAGUACCUCGUCAAGAGCUGGGCGGAGCAAGUGCCCCGGACAGCCGCGGCCUGGAAGGGCAAGGGGAGAGCUGAGCCGCUCAUCCGGGCUCCUCUGGUGAGGACGAGGAGGGAGGAUGGGCUACUCCGGGCGGCCGUGCAGGAUGGUACGCCUGCAAAGGUGACGGAGGGAGGAAACGCUGUCGCCGGCCCGUCGAAACAUAAGGGAAGCUACGAAGAGCCCGAAUCAUCCCCAUCCCCAAAACCGGAGCCCGGACCGCCUUCCCCUCGACAACCGCUCAAGCCGGAUGCGGACCUGCCCAAGCAGCCGUCCCAGAUAUACGCGUUGAUGAAUGAUGGGCGGCUCUUGCAACCAAAGACGUUGAAGCCGCCGAGGGAGGUUGUGGUACUUUGCCAUGGACUGUAUGGAUUCUCAACGGCAACGCCAAUACCGCUCUUCCCUUCGCUGAAGCUACACUACUGGGCGUCUGUACUGGAAGUCCUGCGGGAUCAGAUGGGAGUGAAGGUGCUCGUCGUCGGUGUCAAGGGGACCGGCUCCGUCAAGGAACGCGCGGAACAAAUGGACAAGUUCCUGAAAGACCAGCUUCCCCGGGGGACAGGCGUAAACUUUGUCGCGCACUCGAUGGGCGGACUCGACUGUCGGUAUCUCAUCUCCAAUAUCAAACCCACAGCCUACACCCCCGUUUCCCUCACUACCAUCGGCACCCCACACCACGGCUCGCCAUUCAUGGACUGGUGCGCUGCCAACAUCGGUGUUGGUUCCCCCUCCGCCACCGAAGUAGCCAUGAAGGGCGCCGAGGCCGUCGCCAAGGCUCUCCCAUACUCGCUCAAAGCUCCCCUCCUCGGCCGCGCCCCCGGAUCGUCGAAAAAAGACACCUCUAAAGGCUUCACCACCUCCCUCACUUCCUACCUCCUCAACAUCUUUGACUCGCCCGCCUACGCGAACCUCACUACCUCGUUCGCGAGGGACCACUUCAACCCUGCCAACCCCGACUCACCGGACGUCAAGUACAUGUCGGUCGCUGGGCGGGUAUCGAAACUGUCGGUUCUUCACCCGCUGUGGUUCCCCAAGCUCGUGCUCGAUGCGGCGGCGGAGAAUGGGUACGGCGAGGACUCGCCCGGCGGGAUCAAGGGGUAUUUGGGGAAUGAUGGGCUGGUCUCGGUUCAUUCGGCGCAGUGGGGAGAGUUCCUGGGUGUGGUGGAUGAGACGCACCACUGGGAGUUGAGAGGGGAGGGGGGAUUGUUCCCGAAUACCUCUUCCCUGAAGGAUGCGGAUAACGAAGAGGAGAGCUCGGCGAACAAGGAGGAUAGGGAAGGGUGGCUGGGAUGGGACUGGCAAGGGGAUUUCGGGAAUGGCGUAUCGGAGCACCUCGAUUCAGCCAAGAAUAUCGCCAAGUCGACGGUAUCGACCGCGGCCACUGCAGUCGCCAAAGUCACGCCUGAUGCUGUGACCAAGGCGACGUCGUCGGCGACGUCCUGGGAUCUGGCGCAGGUCGGCCAGGUGCUGGAUUGGGUGACGGACCUGGUUCCGGGCGGAGAUAAUGUCGAGACCAAGAAGAAACAGCUGGCGGAUGCAAAGAGGGAAAAGGAGAGGGAUGAUGAGCGGAGAGAAAAGGAGAAGGAACGAGCGAAGAAGAAGAGGGAGAAGUUUGAGUUGAAGAGGUUUUAUGGAGGGUUGAUGUUGAAGUUGAGGGAUGAGGGGUUUUGA